CCUGCUCCAGUGGCUGAGAGUUGAUGUAUCGUGGAGAGACGGACAUAACAGUGGACAUGGCAUCAACUCUUUGUCGACGUUCACAAUCCUGAAUCCAUCUCAAUGAUUUGCAUAAACUCUACUUAAUAAAGCGCGAACUCUGUGCUCAUUUCUGAACAAACGGGACAUUUUAACAUGAAUUAAUGUGUUCGUGAACUAAAGAAUGUUGUUGUUCCUGGUUGUGGGGAUUCUUAUAGGAUGUACCGAAGCCUUUGACUCACAUUUACGCGGUCCGUCUUUCAUAAUGGAGCCACCACCGAAACUCGAAUUCUCCAAUUCGAGUGGAGGUUGGUUGGAUUGCUCAGCUUCAGGAAACCCACAACCUUCCAUUGACUGGCUUUCGGUGGACGGAACCUCCGUCGGAGACGUCGCAGGUAUCAGGAAAGUGCUCAGGAACGGAACUUUAUUCCUGCAGCCUUUUCCUGCGGCCGCUUACAGACAGGACAUCCACAGCACGGUUUAUAGGUGCGUUGCUUCGAAUUCUGUUGGGAGGAUCAUCAGUAGAGAUGUUCAGAUACGAGCAGUGGUUGCACAAACGUUUAGGGUGGAGGUGGAAGUUACCGGUGCGGCUAGGGGAUGUACAGCAGUGUUAAAAUGUAUAAUACCACCGUUUGUUAAAGACUUAGUUCGGAUUAUUUCGUGGAUUCAAGAACCAACUUUUUUUAUUUACCCGUCGCUGCAAGGAGAUGGAAAAUUUCAUCAGCUACCAUCGGGGGAGCUUUUAAUACACAAUUUAGAAUUCAGCGACCAAUUCCCAACAUAUCGGUGUCGGACAAUGCACCGCUUGAGCAGACAAGUUAUUGUAAGCAGUCCUGCCAACGUCAGAAUAAUCGAAAAUCGAGGCAUUGUUUCUCCCGUGAUGUUGGAAAAUUCGGGAACAGUCACUGUUGCACAGGAUGAAGGUGCAGCAUUAAUAUGUAUUGCACAUGCAUGUCCGCCACCAGAAUACAGAUGGUAUGCGCUUUCUGGUGUUGAAAGUAAUCUAAUGGUGUCGGGGUCGAGAAUACGACAGUUGGCUUCGGUUCUGGCCAUUGAGACUGUUACCACAGAAGAUGCUGGAAUUUAUAGAUGCACAGCUUCGAAUGCAGGCGGCGAAGCGAGCGCUGACGUCCGCCUUGUUGUGGCAACAGCCCUCCAUGUCGAGAUCUCGCCGCCCAUGCUCACUGUCCAUAUGGGCGGAACGGCGGAAUUCCGCUGUAUGGUUUCGUCGUCCAACGAUGGGCCGCACCUGCUCACAUGGUACAAAGAUGGGCGCCAGCUGCCCAGCACAGGGAGGGGCUCCAGCGAGACGCUGGUCAUCAACAACGUGGGCAGGGAGGACAGGGGGAUGUACCAGUGCAUUGUGCGCAGGUCGGAGGGCGACACGUCCCAGGCGUCAGCCGAGCUGCAGCUUGGAGACGCCCCACCGAUCCUACUGUACAGUUUUAUUGAACAAACGCUACAGCCGGGGCCGGCGGUCUCGCUCAAAUGCAGCGCUUCGGGGAAUCCCACGCCUCAGAUCACGUGGACUCUUGAUGGGUUUCCUUUGCCAAGUCACGGCAGAUUUGUGAUAGGACAAUACGUAACAGUACAUGGCGAUGUGAUUAGCCAUGUGAAUAUAAGCCAUGUCAUGGUAGAAGAUGGAGGCGAAUACACUUGUACUGCGGAAAACCGAGCUGGGAAAAGCUCACAUUCGGCUCGUUUGAACGUUUAUGGAAUGCCGUACAUUCGUCUUAUUCCCAAAGUAACAGCUGUUGCCGGUGAAACAUUGCAACUGAAAUGUCCUGUGGCCGGUUAUCCGAUUGAAGAAAUUCACUGGGAACGUUCAGGGAGGGAAUUACCGGAUGAUUUAAGACAGAAGGUUUUAAAGGAUGGAACAUUAAUCAUACAUCCAGUUGAGAAAAAGGCUGACUCGGGGGUUUACACGUGUUGGGCUCGAAACAAGCAAGGACACAGCGCUAGAAGAAGUGGAGAAGUUAGUGUCAUAGUUCCUCCUAUUAUUGAGCCCUUUUCCUUUCAAGACGGGCUGUCGGAAGGCAUGCGAACUCGUACCGUCUGCGGGGUGAGCUCCGGGGACCCUCCGCUGGUGGUCUCCUGGCUCAAGGACGGGCAAGCGCUGACGCCUGCGCUGGGCGUCAACGUCUCGGCCCUUGAUCCCUAUUCUAGUCUCCUCAGCAUUUCUAGUCUUGACUCGAGGCACUCAGGGGACUUCACCUGUGUGGCGAGCAAUCCGGCGGCCGAGGUCAGGUACACGGCCAAGCUCCAGGUCAAAGUACCACCGAGAUGGGAAGUUGAACCUGUCGACGUCAGCGUCGAAAGAAAUCAUCAAGUUUCUAUACACUGCCAAGCCAAAGGUGUUCCCACGCCGAUUGUCACGUGGAAGAAGGCGAUAGCUGGUAAAUCCGGCGAUUACGAAGAAGUCAAAGACCACACCCACACCCGCCUCCUCGGCAACGGCACCCUCAUCCUCCAGCACGUCAAAGAGGACCGUGAAGGCUACUACUUAUGCCAAGCCGAAAACGGAAUAGGCCCAGUCAUUGGAAAAGUAAUCCAACUCCGAGUCAACUCCCCUCCAUAUUUCGCCGCCCCUUCUCGCCUGGUAACAGUCCGGAAAGGCGACACAGCCUUCCUGAAAUGCGACGUCAAUGGAGACAAACCAAUCAGCGUGAUUUGGCUCCGAGGGAGCAAAAACGAACUCAACCCUUCAUCCAACUACAGGGCGAGUGUUAAACAAGAUGUAACACCGGACGGUGUUGUAGCAGAGCUACAAAUAAUAAACACACAAUCGAGUGACAGUGGCACGUAUUUUUGCCAAGCGAGUAACAUGUACGGUAAAGAACAACAACUGGUCCAGUUACUGGUCCAAGAACCGCCUUCCAACCCCAAAGAACUCGAAGCUACGAUGAUUAGUAGCCGAAGUGUGGCGUUAAAGUGGCAACACAAGUCCGGAAACACAGACGAAGUGUUCAAAUUCAUCGUGGAAGUGAGAGAAUCAGACGGGGUUUGGAAGCAAGUCGAUCUGGGGGAAGUCCCCACGACUUUCACCGCCCUUGUGGAGAAUUUGAGUCCGGCGACGAAAUACUCAUUCCGGGUGUUUGCCGUGGGUUCUGCGGGCAAAAGUCCGCCGAGUCCGGAGCUGGAGAUUAGGACGGAGCCCCAAAGACCGGCCGGGGCUCCGCUGAAUUUGGCGGUGAGGGCGUUGUCGUCCACUGAGCUUAUUGUGACCUGGACGCCGCCUUCGGCGGAGCUGCGGCAUGGGGAUAUCCAGGGGUUCAAUGUGGGGUACAGGACGACCAGUAUGAGUGCGUAUAAUUUCACCACGGUGAUGGGGGAUGGGGAAGAUGGGGGCGAGUUGUUGCUGGGAGGGUUGGAGAAGUAUGCGAGGUACUCCAUUGUUGUGCAGGCGUUUAAUGAGGUGGGGACGGGGCCGCUGUCGGAUUCGGUGUCGACGCAGACGAUGGAAGAUGUACCUGAUAUGCCACCUGAAGAUGUUAGAUGUGCGGCCUUAACUUCCCAAUCGUUGCAAGUUAGUUGGCAACCUCCACCUACUGAACAUUGCAACGGACUUUUACAAGGGUACAAAUUAACAUAUGAACCUGUUCUUGACGAUAACUGGAGAGGAAACGACGAAAUGGAAACACGGAAGACAACGGCUUUGACAACAGUAAUCACAGGGUUAAAAAAAUUCACAAAUUAUAGUCUACAAGUCUUAGCAUUUACAAAAGUUGGUGACGGAGUUCUAGCCCCACCGACGUACUGCCAAACAGAAGAAGAUGUACCUGGAAGUCCAGCCGAUAUUAAAGUAGCAGUAAGUUCGGCUCAGUCCUUAAAGCUAUCAUGGCUGCCACCUUUAGAACCAAACGGUAUCAUAACAAAAUACAAUCUUUACAAACGAAGUCUCGACGGAAGACAGGAAGUAGAUAAUGCCAAACAAACAAUUUCUAGUCAACACACAAGUUACGAAAUCAAAGGCAUUCAAGCACACAUCGAGUACCAGUUUUGGGUCACUGCCUCCACACGAAUUGGCGAAGGGCAAAGCUCGAAGGUCGUGUCGCAAGUGGCAACAUCAAGAGUCCCUGCCCGAAUAAUUUCGUUCGGGGGCACAGUAAUACGCCCCUACAAAACUUCGGUGUCUUUCCAAUGCGAAUCAGUUGGUAACCCUAAACGUGAGUGGCUCCGUGGUGAGAAAAUUCUGAAAGGGGGUGCCAACGCUAACCAGCAACUCCUGGACACUGGAGAAUUAAUCCUUGCCAAUUUACAACUGAUUGAUUCUGGCAACUACACGUGCCAAGUGGACAACAACCAAGGUUCUGAUAAAAUCACAUACCACCUUGUUGUUCAAGUUCCACCCAGUGCCCCACUUUUGUACGUUUCGAGCGCUACCAGCAGCAGUAUUCUUCUGAACUGGAAAAUUGGAAAUGAUGGAGGAGCUCCAGUCAGUGGCUUUACGCUCAAUUACAGGAAAGAACACGGAGAUUUGGACGAAGUCCAUUUAUCCAGACACGCAAUCAGCUACGAAUUGCGAGGUCUUUCAUGCGGGACUACAUAUCAUCUGUACUUAACUGCUCAUAACAUCGUCGGAAGUAGUCCAGCUAGUCAUUCCUUGCAAGCCAGAACUCAAGGACAUCCACCGGGAGUUCCCCCAGCUUCCAGCUUCAUAACUCCGAACUCGACUUCAGUUUUAUUGAGACUGCACGUUUGGCCUGAUAAUGGAUGUCCCAUUUUGUAUUUUAUUCUACAGUAUAGGAAGGCUUCCAGUUCGCAGUGGAUUUUAGUUUCAAACGCUUUGAAACCGCAAAAACGGACUUCCAUCACUGGACUUACUCCUGCCACUAAAUACGUGGUGAAGCUGGAAGCCCACAAUAUUGCAGGAUUUGCAACUGAAGAGUUUGUUUUCAUGACUUUAACGAAGGACGGUGGUGCGCCACCACUUAAUUUACUGAAACAAGGGCACAAUGAAACGUCCAUUUAUUCAGAUAUUAGGUUUAUAAUUCCGUUGUUAGUUUUGAUAAUUGCUGUUAUUAUUUCGAUUCUUGGAGCUAUUCUCUGUUUGAAACAUCGACAAAGCGAAAUCGCUAAAGAACUCCUAGAUAAUCAACACAACGCUGAAGCUCAGAGAGAAAGAUAUUACGCGACAAUACAUAAAGCAGCUCUAGCGGCUGGUGAAAAAAUUCCAGAGACUUCCGAGGACAUAUCACCCUAUGCAACAUUUCAGUUGUCGGAGCCAAGUACCUUACCACAAAAUACAAUGUUGCAUAGUUUCAUGUAUCAUGAACAUCCCAUGACAGAGGGCUGUGCUUCGCCACCACCAAGUUCGUCGGUUUUGCGAAGCUCGCCCUAUUAUAAUAUUCAAAAAUUUCAAGGUACCAAGGGCCACGGUAGAAGACGUUCUAACCGAAAAAAUGAAGUAGACAGCGACGAAAGUGAAUCGGACACUGAGCACAGAACCGAGUCUUCCACACAGUUAGAAGUUAAACGAAAACAAAGUAUCAUGCACCAUGGAACUCAAUCAAGUACUUCAUCCGACAUAUCCCCGAUGUCUGAAAAAAAGUCGCUUCCGCGCAGAAACCGUUCGAGGUUGUCGCCCCAGAGCCGGAGUUUGUCCCAAAGACAGAUUCUAUCACGACUGUCGUUAGCCGAGACGACAUUUUCGGAGAAAAAAUCACUGGAGCACAGUACAUCCGAUCGACCAGAACUGAGCGAAGCCGAAUGUGACAUCGACACAAUCAAAAAAUUAAAGUUAGGUUUGAAGUCGUCUUUUUGGUCAAAACCGAAUGAAUCCGAUCAAAUAACGGACUAUUCGAUUGCUGUUUAAGCUGUUGUAGUAAAUAGUUCAAAAUCAAAAUUUUAUACAAAAAUUAUAGAGUUAUUAAGUCAAAAAGAAUUUUACGUGACAUUUUGGAAGCAUUUUGUACACUAAUGAACAAUAAGAUAUGUAGAUUAAAAUGUUUCUUCUUUGAAUUUAUUGUAGAUGCAGUCAUUCUCCGGAAGAAUAAAUGUCUUAUUCCUUGA